AUGCAUCUUGUGCCUAAGGUGUGGCGUCCCAUGCGCCACAACGAUACAUUUGCCCUGCCGCACGCUGGCGAACCCAUAGCGGCAGGUUUCCCUUCGCCUGCGGCAGACUACGCCCAAGAUGCGCUAGAUAUUCACGACUAUUUAGUAGCACGCCCUUUGGCUACUUUCUUGUUCAACGUGGCAGGAGACUCCAUGAAGGAUGCGGGUAUUUUGGAUGGCGACAAAGUAGUGGUGGACAAAUCGGUUGCCCCGCAAAGCGGACAAAUUGUGGUCGCUGUGGUGGACGGCCAGUUUACCCUCAAGCGCUUGUGGCGACGCGGCCAGCGCGUGGAGCUGCGCGCAGAAAACGCUGCCUACCCGCCCAUAGUAUUGCAAGAGGGGCAAGAGCUUCAAAUAUGGGGCGUGGUGGUAGGGGUGGUACGGCGCUAUUGGCCUAGGAGCUAA